GAGCCUCCAGGCCGCCGCCGCACACUCCAUGACGUUUAUUUUAGUCGACUGUCACAGCUGACCCAAACUGACCGCAAAGAUGUAGUUAGACGACAAAACUGAUCGUUUUAUCGCAGUUUGGUGGCUUUGGUCGUGUUCAGUGGCAUUGAGUCCCUCAGUCUGACAUGUAUCUCUUGUGUUAUGCGGCCGUUACUUCGUUUUAUACGCUAUUUAGUCGAUUUUCCCGCUGAGAAAGCAGCUUGUUGUGUUGCCUGAAAGCUAUCGUAGCCAGUUCAAUAUGACUCUUCCAGUUUUGCACAACACCGGCGUGCUCUACAGGCGGAUCCUGUCACAGUUUCCCCAGGACAUCAGUCUAGCUUUUGCGUAUGGAUCUGGCGUUUUCAAACAACACGGGACAAACCAAGGUCAAAUGGAGAAGAACAUGCUGGACUUUGUGAUCGCAGUGGACGAUCCGGUGACGUGGCACACCAUGAAUCUGCUGCAGAACCGCAAACACUACUCCAUCCUUAAGCUGCUGGGGCCCACAAAGAUCAGCUCCAUACAAAAUGAUCACGGGGCUUCGAUAUACUACAACACACUGGUGCCUGUGGAUGAGAGGAUAAUCAAAUAUGGUGUGAUUAGUACAGACUCUCUGAUAGAUGACCUGAUGCACUGGAAGACCAUGUAUGUUGCUGGGCGCCUUCACAAACCAGUGAAAAUGUUAGCGCAGAGUGAGAAUGGAAAGCUCCGUGCUGCUCUGGUGGCCAACCUGAAGAGUGCUGUGACAGCCUCCUUCCUCAUGUUGCCAGAGAGCUUCAGUGAGGAAGACCUCUUCCUGCAGAUAGCUGGUCUUUCUUACGCUGGUGAUUUUCGAAUGGUGAUUGGAGAAGAUAAAUCCAAGGUGGCCAAUAUCGUCAAAGACAACAUUCAGCACUUCCGAAUCCUGUACAGCAACAUCCUGCGGGACUGCCCUCAAGUAGUCUACAAACCUCAACAAGGAAAACUGGAGGUUGACAAAAGCCCAGAGGGUCAGUUUGUCCAGCUCAUGGCGUUGCCUCGGACCCUGCAGCAAAAGAUCACAAAGCUGGUCGAUCCUCCAGGAAAAAACAGAGACGUGGAGGAAAUCCUGCUUCAGGUUGCUCAGGACCCAGAUUGUGGAGCUGUUGUUCAACAAGGCAUUUCCUCUAUUGUGAAAUCCUCCAGUAUAACACAGAGUAUUAAAGGCAUCGCUACAGCAGGCAUGUGGAAGACUGUGUCGUACAGCUCCAAGAAACUGGUGAAGAUGUGGAAGGGUUGGUGGAGGAAGCCAUCUGUCUCACAGAUGUCCUGAUCCCUGUUCGUCUUCCAGGAGCCUGUCUUCUUCUAUAGCUGUCAGCCACACAAUCAACAUCCGUGCUUUGACUUUACCCUAAAACAAACGGUGGUCGGAACAAUCACACACUUACCGAUCAGGUGUGUAACUCUGUGUGUGAACAGUGUAGGACCGUCUGUACAGCUGCCCUUUAUCACGCGGUUCAGAAACGUUGUAUAAAGGCGGGUGACAUUUCACAAGGCUGACUGAAUUAUGGAUGACAUUUAAUGGUACUACAGAUCGGACCUUUCAGGAUAAUGACUACGGCGACUGGCCAGGAACUACUGAGUCGGCUAUGUGUGGGAGCCACAGCAGUAUGAUGAGCCACACAAGUAUAAUGAAGAAAAGACCUGUGUCAUCUGUCAUCUUUUUGGAUUAUGUGUGAGUGUGUCUGUGCAUAUCUGUGUAAAUUGUUCUACAUAGAUGGGAGAUGGUGGAUAGUUAAGGUGCUGAAAUAGUGCAGACAAUAUUCUCAGAGAGAGAGGACUUGUUGAACUCUUCAGAUGUGGACUUGAGUUACAUGUCACCCAUAUUGCUUGUAUCCCUCUCACAUUGCCAAAGAUCUAAUUUUUUCAUUUCCUCAUGUUUCAUGUUUUAACCAGACUUGAUGGUUGUACCAUGGGUUCCUUAUUGUUAACAUCUGCUUACCCCUCCACCACGUUAUUGUUAUAAACUCGUCAUAUUGACAACUAAAGAUCCUCGACAGGAAAAUGUGCUCAUUCACAGAUAGUUGCUGUAAUUCAGUUAGGAGAAAUGAGGUUACGGUAAUAAAAAAGUUUAAUACAACCACAUGUAUGAUUAAUCUGUUUUAGUCUAAAUCCAAACUGCGAUGAAAUCAUUGAGCAAGUUUGUUCAUAUCAACUCCAUCUCCUCUAGUCUGUUGUUAAACAUCAUCACCAUCCAUCCUUUAUCUGUAACUGCUUAUCUUCAUCAGGGUCACAGCGGGGCUGGAGCCUAUCCCAGCUUGUCCAAGGUGUACCCCGCCUAUCCCAGUGGUGAGGCGGGGUACACCCUGGACAAGUCUCCAGCUCAACGCAGGGCACAUAGACAAACAGCCAUUCACACUCACAUUCACACCUAUGGGGAAAUUAGAGUCACUAAUUCAUCUAUUGCAAGAUUUAGGGUCCUGCUUUUGGCUAUACUGCCUCAGUGGAAUGACUCAUUGGGACUCCAAAAUGAAACAAAACCAUGAUUAGUUAAUGAGAGUAAAGAUGUGUGUGAAGUCAGUGCU